GGUAUCAUUUCCUCUUGUGCCCAUAUUUAUCCGGCAUCAGUUACCUGUAAGGCUGUCACUGUUUAGAGGAGAUUGAAGGCAUAUUACUUUAACCAUGGCGAUAAAUUUUGACAUUAUCAAAACUCCAACAGGGUUCCUCAAAACGUGCGAAAUUGUGAUCACCAUCAUCAUACUAAGUGUCGGUCAGGGUGUUGUGAAGUCUAUUUACGGAUCAGCAGAAAGAAUAUUUGUCGUCGGCGGGGCAUGCGUCCUUUCCAUUGUGACGUCUACUCUGCUUCUUAUUUCCUACAUCAUUGGAGACACCCAAAUUCAGAAGACUCGUUUCGAGUUCCUGGUGAAUGUAUGUCUGGCAUUAUUGAUGAUCACUGCGGGAAGUCUUAUAAUUAACAGUUACACAGUUUACGAUGUGUACAUAUCAGAUGUCACAGAUGCAGCUCUAGCAGUUGGCUCCUUUGGGAUAAUCAACAGCAUUUUCUAUGCUCUGGAUGCUUAUUUUGCAUAUCAAAAUUUUAGUGAAUGAUUGAAAAUUUUCAAGAAAAUUUACAGUGAAUAUUGAACAAAUCAGGAAAAUUCUCAGUAUUUUUAGGCAAAUUUAGGCAUUAAUAUUUUUCAUAGAAAAACACUGUUCAUACAUUAUGAAGUAUGUGGUCAACCCCCGAAUACCCCUGCUAUUCGUGGAUUUCUUUAUGAAACAUACGUAUACAGGUAGCCCCUGGUUACUGACAGGGGUUCCAUUCCUGGGGGAUUGAUGGUAACCGAAAAUUGUUGCUAACUGAAAUCCAAAAAUCUACGGGUGCCACAAUCCACCUUAUGGUGCCCUAGACUUGUUAACGAUGCCUUAGACAGCGUCAAGGCCAGAAAUUUUGCCCUAAUAUGUAAUAACUCUAAUGAAACUGGAAUUUCAUUUGCCUAAUCAUUUACUACGGUCUGGAUGGUAGUUCUACAAAUUUCUAAUGUCAGAUUCGAUGAACUUGCUGGUAAUCUUGGCCUAGAAUGAGAGAGAGAGAGAAAAAAGUUACCUUUUUCAGAAUACUAACAUAUCCUCCAUCUCUUUAUUGGUCAUAACUUCUCGUUAAAUAAGUUAAAAAAGCAAAAGAGAAUGAUAAAAGUAUUGUUAGUAACAUUAUAAUCGUUACUUAAACGCUAUAGCCAUAAACAACAGUUGUUUUACUUCAACAACCAAACUGAAUCUGAUAAUAACAAUGUUUUGCAUGCAUUUCAGCCAUCGUACAGUAGUAAAAAAUUACUGUGCUUAUGUUACAAAUGACGUUAAGUAGAACAGGGCUUAAAUAUUUAUGCAUUAUACCUUUAUUUGCUACAGAGAAAAUAUUGGCAAGGAAAUACAGUACGUACUGCUAAAUUUAAUCUGCAGUUUUAUUUGAACCCAAGAAAAAAAAAUUUCACACUGCUAAUGACUAUACAUAUUAAGUCAUGUGCGUCAGCAACAUGGAUGAAACUACCACAGAUAGUAGUGGAGAAAAAAGUAUUAUAACAACAAAUAUUGGCCAUUAAAAACACAUUUUACUAUUGUUUUUAUGCCAUUAAAAGAUAAAUAGUAUGUAAAUCUCAUAUUAGUAUGAAAUAGGAUGAUAAAAAGCUAAUGGAAUCUUAAUUUUUUACACAAAAUAAUGCUCUCGACACCAUCUAUUAACGAAAAAAUACAUCACUAUCUAGUUCACAACAAGAAGUAUUUAAGUAAUAAUUUAAAAUAGAAAAAAUUUAUGAAAAAUAACCUUGUCCCAUGUUAAUAGAGUUUCUAGAGAUUAAUUUACACCAAAUAGAAGCAAGAAAGUACGUAUAGCGAAAUAAUCUUACCUCCACUCUCGGCAGAUUUUUCCAAAACAUGAUUGGUUUAUUUGUAUUUUAUAAUACAUCAGUCGUAAUAUAAACAGCAUUAUUGGAUAGAGCCAAGUAAAGGAUAAUUUUAAAAGAGCAUAGGAAAAGAUGCAUAUUAGUUAUGUAUUGUAUGAGGCAGUCUGGGCACUUAGCAUAAGCCACCGGUAACCAGACAAUAGUGAUAUAAACCCCUACGGAGGGUAAAACCCAGUUAUAAAUACGUAUAUUGAACAAGCACCGUAAAACCGAAAUGCCGGUAACCAAUACCAAUGAUAAUCAGUGGCUGCCUAUAUACACAUUAUUUGCUGAAAAUUUGCCUAUUACCAGUAUUUUUCACAUAAAUAUUCACUAAUUACUGCUCAAUGAAAGCCCCUUAUUUGCAGGCUGGAUUCGCUGACUCUCAUAUUCACGGAUUUCUCUUUGGAACAUAUAUAGUACCCCCAUUAAUCGCGGAAAAGUCACAUAUUUGCGGCAUUUUACUAUGAGAAAUAUCCAAACAUUCAUGUUUUUUUUUUUCCAUCAUAAAAUGCACUUUUUGUGAUAAAACUUAAAAAAACCAGGUUUAAACAUUUUAAGUGGGGUUUUCUUGAGUUUUAACUAACAAAAUAAGGCAGUUUUAAGCAUUUUUAUGGGGGUUUCAACUAUUUGCAGAUUUUAGCUAUUUGUGGGGGGGGGGGGGGGGGGGGGGUGUCUGACACACACCUCACUGUGAAUAAGGAGGGGAACACAGUAUUUUCACAUCAUUUUCAUGACUAAAUGCUUUUUUUUUUUUGUGAUGAAACUUAAAAUACUCGGGUAUAAGCAUUUUUAGAGGUUUUUUGUUUUGUUGUGAACUAUUAAAAUAGGUAGUUCUAAGCAUUUUUAGAGGGGUUCGGGCGUUGUCUGGUAUGCAUCCCCCAUGAAUAUGGGUGGUCCACUGUAUUAACAGAACCAUCUAUCAUUCUGGUUUUUUAUUGCAUAAACUGUUUUCAUGGCAGAAUUGGAGCUUCCUAGUCUUAAUAAUAACAUAUUUUGAAUUCUGAUAGCAAAUAGCCAGUACUUAUGGGUAACUUAACAGAAAUCACUGGUGUCCUCUUUGGUGCUCUGACGACAGACAACCUUGGCUAUUCUAUUGAGUUUACCCUGAUAAGCAAAUAACUCAUAACAAAGUAGAUGCUACUACAUUUUUCAAUGAUGUAUUCAACAUAAAAGUCAACUUAAUUAAAAUAACUGUAUUUGUAUUGUAUUCAGUAUCAUAGUGGGUUUCACUUCGAUUAUAACAUUAGGAACCUUCCCAUUUUUAGCAUACCAUCAAAGCCUUUACAAUACCUUAAAGAUUUAAAAUGUUUAUUGUUCCCAGCUGCCUAAAAUAUUUGUUUUAAGGAAAUAUGAACAAAACAAAUAGCAAAGAAUAAAAGACUAGAGUUCAUUUGAUUUAGUCUGUUGUUUUUAUUUGAAGGGGAAAUUAAUGUGUGUACUUUAUUACAAAAAAAAUUAUCAAACAAAAAUUUUUGUAAGCAGCGGAUGAAACUGCAAGAUUAAUUUAUCAUGUUUUAAAUAUUUAUAUAUAAUCCUAACAAAAUCUAAAAAUGGAAUAUAUUAAUCUUGUAACACUAGGGCUGAGCAUAAUAAAGAAAACAUUGGUGAAGAGCUU